AAUUGGCGUGGAGCUCAGUAACAUAGCAUAAAUACGGCGCACCGGACCAUGCCCUUCUUCCUCCUUUAAAUAUCAGGGCACAGCCGAAAACCCUAACAAAUCUCAACCUUCGCCGCUACGCUAACCUGCAAAACUCCAUUUCGAGAGAGAAUUCGCAUCACUUUGAAAUGGCGGUCGCUUUCCAUGAUGUCAAAUCAGCUGCCGGUUUGAAAAAACUCGAUGAAUACUUGCUCAGUCGUAGCUACAUUUCCGGGUAUCAACCUUCAAAGGAUGACGUUACCGUUUAUGAAGCGCUCUCCAAACCCGUAUCCAGCGAAUAUGUUAACGUGUCUAGGUGGUUUAAUCACAUUGAAGCACUCUUGAGAGUUUCCGCUGUUUUUGGAGAGGGUUCUGGCGUUAAGUUGGAUGCAGUUGCAACCCCACCGGCUGCGGAUGCAAAGGCUGCCGACGAUGACGACGAUGACGACAUGGAUCUAUUUGGUGAAGAGACCGAAGAGGAAAAGAAGGCUGCUGAGGAGCGUGCAGCUGCCAUCAAGGCUUCUGCAAAGAAGAAAGAGAGUGGCAAAUCAUCAGUUCUCAUGGAUAUCAAACCUUGGGAUGAUGAAACUGACAUGAAGAAACUUGAAGAGGCUGUAAGAAGUGUUCAGAUGGAAGGCUUGCUUUGGGGAGCAUCGAAACUCGUCCCAGUUGGAUAUGGUAUUAAGAAAUUGCAGAUAAUGCUCACAAUUGUUGAUGACCUUGUGUCUGUUGACAAUCUCAUUGAGGAACAUCUGACAGCUGAACCCAUAAACGAGCAUGUUCAGAGCUGUGACAUCGUGGCCUUCAACAAAAUAUAAUUUUUGAGCUUUUCGUCAGAACCAAAGACUGGUUUGGAAGAUGUUUAUGAGUUUGGGGAAGAUGUCUUAGAGCGUCUGUUUCUCAUUUCUACUUCUUCAUACUUGUUUCGUCUAUGUUUGAAGUACUUUUCUUUCCCGCUUUUAAUCGCGGUGUAGUCCCUCAGUUUUGUUUCUUAAAUUGAUUUGAAAUGAGCUUCUAAAAAUAAUAUUAUUAUAAUUAAUUAUCA